CCAUUUCAUGCACCAAGCUGAUGCACCAUGUUACGUUGUGCUGUUAAUGUUUACAACAUGUCAGCUGCAGCAGCCAAAACAGCAGCAUACCUAUGAUGAACUGCUGAGGCCACAAGCUUGAACUACCUAAUUGAACAUUUGCUAAAAUUUAAGGUGUCACUAUGGCUAUGGAAGAAGAGCUGCCCAAACGUAUCAAGGAUGAGUUUCUACAGUGCUGGUUGUGCCUGGACACGUUUAAAAGACCCAAGGCCCUCCCCUGUCUGCACACCUUCUGUGAGAGGUGCCUGCAGGACUAUGUCGAGGACAGGCCCAAGUUCCUCUGUCCCUACUGCCGAGCAGACACCAAGCUUCCUGAGGGGGGAGUAGCAGCACUUCCCAACAACUUCUGGAUAGCCAGUAUGAAGGACUUACUGGAAAACCAGAAGCCAGCCCAAGAUGACAGUGAUUCAGACUCAGGUAUGUGUAGAGUUCAUGGAAAUCAAGACCUGAGCUACUAUUGUAAUACAUGUGAAGAUGUCAUCUGUAGAGAGUGCAUCUCCCAUAGCCACAGCCAACACUCUGUUUCAACACUUGAUGAAGUUGUUGAGAAGAGUCACAGAGAAAUAAGAAGCCUCCUUGAGAAGGGUAGAGACAAGCUGGAAAAGUAUGGAUCUCAAAUGGCUCGGCUUUCUGAAGAGGAACAGAAAUUAAAGCUUAACAAGCUGAAGGUGGAGAGACAUGUAAAGAUGGCUGCCAAGACUCUUAUAGGCCGUAUAAGAAUCGAGAAGGAAAGUCUGCUGCAGCAGAUACAGGAGAACUACAGCAGAAUCUCAGACUCUGUCAAAGACAGCAAAACAGCUCAGGAGAAACACAUUGUGGAGCUGUUAUCAAUCAUGGACCAGGCUCAUAACAUCAUGUCAAGUCAUGAAAGGAACUACAAACCUUUCAAGCAAGCUGAAGAAAAACUUGGUAAGCUCGUUGGUACAGAAAGGACAGAAACGAGUCAUUUCUUCCAGGGGGAUCACAUGGUGUUUCACCCAGCUGAUGCUGGUAAUAGUCGGCAACACCUGGGUCAAAUCGAGCUCAAUCGUCAGCUAUACCUGCAGCACCCUACCUCAACAGACACCACAAAACAAGAUGUUUCACCUCAUCAACAACACAGUGAUGUUGGGAUGGCAGAAAUAAAGGAGGAGAGCAGAAAGGCAAAAGGCUCGAUGCACACGCCUGGUGUGACAAAGAAGUACACGCUGGGGAACAGGGGAGACAGGCAUGGACAGUUUGACCACCCAAUGGGCAUUGUUGUGUCCACAGAGGACCUCAUACUUGUUGCUGAUAGUCAUAACGGGCGCAUCCAGGCAUUUGACUCAACCUCAUGGAAGCGUGUAAACAGUUUUUCCACAAAACUCAAGGUUGAAGACCUCUCCCGUCCGACAGACCUGGCUAUUGGCUCAGAUGGGAACGUGUACGUUGUGGACCUGGAAAACAAGUCUGUCAAAGUAUUUGACCAGGAAGGUCGCCACAAACUUACAUUUCCUGAUGUCCUCCUAGUGGACCCAAAAAGUAUUGCAGUGUGUCCCGCCAGUAGCCUCUUGUAUGUGACCGAGUUUUCCAAGAGGGACAUAAGAGUGUACAAUACUGAGGGGAAGGUUGUUAGACAUUUUUCUUAUGUCUUGAGUGAAGAGGGCCCAUUUGCCGCAGUAGCACACGUGGCAGUAAAUAGGUCAGGUGACGUAGUCAUCUCGGAUGAAGGCAACAACUGCAUAAAGGUCUUCUCACCUGACGGAUGCCUCAAGUUCAGAAUUGAAGGAGAGGGUAGAAGAGAGAGUGGGGGUUUCAGCUGGCCCAUGGGGGUUUGUGUGGAUGAUCAACAGCGCCUCCUAGUCACUGACAGGGGUGAGGGAAAGGUACUGCAGUUUGAUGCAGAUGGGAAGUUCCUACAGUACCUGCUGACAUGGAAGGAUGGACUGAAGCACCCCUAUGGCAUUGACAUUACAACAGACGGACAGGUGUUUGUGACUGAUGAAGGGAAACACUGCAUCUUUGCUGUAACUUUGACAUAGACAGACUCUGCACACUUGUUAACAGUAAAGGAUUAUCCUGCAAAACAUUGUUGAUAUGAACUCCUAACCAGAAAAUCCCAUCCAGACUUAAGACAAGCCCUAGGUAAUCUGAGGCUUUCACUCUGUGAAGGUCAUCUAGGGACAAAAUAACAUAGCUGUUCCAGGUCUUGUUAUAGCCUCUAUCAGCCUUCAGAGUUGGAUGGAAAGAAAUGAAAUUGGCCAAAAAGACGGUUAACACACCAGGGGAGUUAUUCUGCUUAAGAAGUACAGAUUUUAACAGACUAACUCCUCUGGCAUGUUAUCUGUCUAUUUGGCCAAUAUCUCAGAUCUUUCCAGCUGCCCAGAGACCUAGCUAGUUGUUACAGUAGUUUAAAAGGCUGGAAGUUUCUUUCCCUCUAGCAGCAUUUCCAAUGUGAAACAACUGCACAUUAGUAACUGAUACAGCAUUUUGAUGCCAGUUUUCAACCAUAAUUAUAUUGACAUAUCUGUCACUUGUAAAAAAAGGAAAUAUUUGUGGGAUUAAACAUUGUGUGUGUCUUCUUUCAAGCAUAUAAGUACAGUUGCACCAAAAUGUAGCUGUCAUACAAUCAUGCACAUUGGUGCAUAGUGAAAGUCUCAGACCACACUUUU